UGCCACUCCCCAGCACCCUCAUCCAUUCGUCCUCCAUCCAUUGACACAUCAAACCCAAAACCCAAUUCCCUAAUUUUGCCCAAACCCCCCUCUUUCUCUCUCUCUCUCUCACUCACAACCACCAUCACCACCCAUCAAUCCCUUCCUUCGAUGGCGACGGUUCUCGAUUCCCUCACUCUUCCUUGUUCAUCCGCCUUGGCUUCCACCGCUUUCUCUGCCCGUCGCACCUCCCUUUGCCUCCCGCAGUGCAGAGGCUUGAAGAUCGCAAACAGCUUCACUUCUCACUCUCUACGAUCUGCCAGAUCUAAUGCUAGAUUUCCUCACCGUUCUGCAACUAUCGUUUGCGAAGCUCAGGAAACUGCUGCCAUUGUACCUGCUGCUUCAGAAGCUACCUGGGAGUCACUAGUUACAGAAUCUAAAUUGCCCGUCAUGGUAGAAUUUUGGGCUCCAUGGUGCGGUCCUUGCCGCAUGAUGCAUCCAAUCAUUGAUGAUUUAUCAAAAGAGUAUGAAGGAAAGUUCAAAUUUUACAAGGUGGAUACUGAUGCCAACCCUUCGAUUGCAUCCCGUUAUGGUAUCAGAAGCAUACCUACUGUGAUUAUCUUUAAAGAUGGUGAGAAGAAAGAGGCAAUAAUAGGUGCAGUUCCUAAAGGAACUUUGACAGCCAGCAUGGAAAAAUUCUCGUAGAGAUGGCUAAUAUAAAGUACGAAUUGUAAGAUUUAAGCUGCUUUCCCAUUAUUUCCUUAAUUUUAGCUUCUAAUAUCUGAAGAUGAAUUCUCUACUCUGGAAAUAAACUCUCCUCUUUUGUUACAUAUAGUUCCUUGAUGCUUCUGUAUCUUCUUUAGGUUGUAUCUAUUGCUGCAAUACUUUCACUAUGAAUGCAUCUUUCAUAUGUACAAUUAUUUUAAUAUACAUGAAAUUCUUCGAUGUA